AACUUGUACGCCUUUCUAUCUUUCACCUAAAACCCAUCCACUUCAACAGUUCCAACUUUCUUCUUCUUCUCUCUCCAAUCUCCAAUGGCUUCCUCUCUUUUCCAGCCCCACCAUAUCUCUGUCAAACCCAAAGCACCCACUCCUCCACUCCCAUCAACCAAACCCCAUUUCUUCACCAUCAGAGCUGAUGCUUCUUCUUCCAACUCUCCAUCCCCACCACCACCGCUUGUCUCAAAGCCUCGCCGCACAGAAGAAAACAUCAGGGACGAAGCCCGCCGCCACAAGACCACGCACACCCACCACUUCUCCGCCAGAUACGUCCCAUUCAACGCCGACCCUUCUUCCAUCGAAUCCUACUCUCUCGACGAGAUCGUCUACCGAUCCCAAUCCGGCGGCCUCCUCGACGUCCAGCACGACAUUGCGGCGCUCAAGAACUACGACGGCAAGUACUGGCGAGACCUUUUCGAGUCCCGCAUCGGCAAGACCACCUGGCCUUACGGUUCCGGUGUGUGGAGCAAGAAGGAGUGGGUGCUGCCCGAGAUCGACGGUGACGACAUCGUCAGCGCUUUCGAAGGGAAUUCCAAUCUCUUCUGGGCUGAGCGUUACGGCAAGAAGUUUCUCGGCAUGAACGAUUUGUGGGUCAAGCACUGUGGGAUUAGCCACACGGGUAGUUUUAAGGACUUGGGUAUGACCGUUCUGGUUAGCCAAGUCAAUCGUCUCCGGAAAAUGAACCGUCCAGUCGUCGGCGUCGGCUGCGCAUCGACCGGCGACACCUCUGCCGCCUUGUCGGCCUACUGCGCUUCCGCCGGUAUCCCAUCCAUCGUCUUCUUGCCGUCCAAUCGGAUAUCACUUGCCCAACUUGUCCAGCCCAUCGCCAAUGGUGCUUUCGUGCUGAGCAUCGACACCGAUUUCGAUGGAUGUAUGCAACUGAUCCGAGAAGUUACAGCUGAGCUCCCGAUUUACUUGGCAAAUUCGUUGAACAGUUUGAGGCUGGAAGGUCAGAAAACCGCAGCGAUUGAGAUUUUGCAGCAGUUUGAUUGGGAAGUACCCGAUUGGGUUAUAGUACCAGGAGGCAAUCUUGGAAAUAUCUAUGCUUUCUACAAAGGGUUCCAAAUGUGCAAAGAAUUAGGACUGGUUGAUAGGAUUCCAAGACUUGUUUGUGCUCAAGCAGCAAAUGCCAACCCUUUGUAUUUGCAUUACAAAUCAGGGUGGUCGGAUUUCAAGCCUGUGAAAGCCAACACCACUUUUGCUUCGGCAAUUCAAAUUGGUGAUCCGGUUUCCAUAGACAGAGCAGUGUAUGCGCUCAAGAAUUCAAAUGGGAUUGUGGAGGAAGCUACAGAGGAGGAGUUGAUGGAUGCCAUGGCUCAGGCUGACUCGACUGGCAUGUUCAUUUGCCCUCACACUGGUGUUGCAUUGUCAGCUCUGAUUAAGCUCAGGAACAGUGGGGUCAUAGCGCCCACCGACCGGACCGUGGUGGUGAGCACGGCUCAUGGGUUGAAAUUUACAGAUUCAAAGGUUAAUUAUCACUCCAAAGAGAUCAAGGAUAUGGCUUGCAGAUUUGCCAACCCACCUGUGCAAGUUAAGGCUGAUUUUGGGUCUGUUAUGGAUGUUUUGAAGAAGUAUUUGUUGAGUAAGGCUCAUUAGACUUUAAUUACGGGGCGAAUAUAAGUUUUGCUUAUUGUACUCUGAUUCGGUGAUUUGGGCUUUGGUGGUGUUCUUUGAUUGCACUUUUGCGUCUCUGCUUGAAAUGUAGGUUACUGGUUUAGUUUGUAGUAGUAUUUAGAAUUGAAUUGAGAAGGGAGCCAUUUGUAAUACAUCAAUUCCAAUUUUGAACAAGUUUUAUUAUCUUCCGAAUUCGACGACAAAUUUUAAUGGGGAACUUUUAGGUCCAAGUGUUCACUCUUG